AUGGAAGGUUUUUGUAGGGGCUGUUUAGUAAGAUACGACGAACCAACAGAACUCUUACCUUAUACAGAGAGAAAUAGAAAAUUAUUUGUAUACUCUACUGGCGUUCAAGUUAAAAGUAAUGAAUUCUCUACAUUCCACCUAUGCAAAGAUUGUCAUGUAAACAUGAAAUUGUCCUGCAAGUUCAAGAAGCAAUGUAGGACAUCUGAUAAAAAGUUCAAACAUUACAUGUUGUUGAAGGAAGCCGGAGAUGCAUAUGAUCUUUCUGCUUUUUUAAAAAACAAUGAUGACAGUUUAAGAUUUCCAUUAUUAAAUGGGAGUAGUACUCCAGGUCAUCCGAGAGCUACAUCUGAAAAGGAGAGAUAUGAUGAUAAUGAUUCAACAUGCACCAGUAUCAGAAACUUUAUGUCGGAUAUAUUGCAGGGCGAAGAGGUACCUGAUGCUGAGACUCAUUUACUAAAAGAAGUCAUUGAAGAAGAUUUACUAGAAGACACAUUAGAUUCACAAUGGCUCCAAGAUGAUCUUUCAAGGGAUACUGAUUUUAGAGAUAUAAGUUUUAGUCAAUUUUCAACUCCACAUUCCACUAAUAUUGAUCAUUGCUAUACACCAAAUAAAGAAAUUGAAGAUAAUUUAAGCGAUUUCAAUGAUGUUUCUGAUAAGAAUUUGCAGUUAGUGGCUAAUACAGAAAAUUCAAAAGAAUACUCAAGACAAAUUGAUGCUGUACAACCACUUGCUAAUAUAGAUGAAGAUAAAAUAAAUGAACCUGAAAAUUUAUUUAAGGAAGGUAUAAAUCAAAACGUUAAUUAUGUUACACAAAAUGAAAAUGAUAUUGUUCUAACAGAUACUGAAUACGCAAAUAUUCAUAACGAAAGUUAUUAUGCUGCAAAAGUUUUACAAAAUGAAAAUGAUCAGUAUUAUGAUAAAACUAAUUAUUUACAAAAGCAAGAUCAUUUUACAGUAACUGAUAUUCUUGAAGCGGACACAAAUCAUGUUCAAAAUGAUAAAAAUCAAAUAAGUGUUGUACUGAGAGUAGACAAUGAUGUAACAAGAAAUGCUGAUGAAAAUUUAAAUGAUGAUAAAGUUAUAAGUGAUGUUGAAAAUAAUCAAAAUAUUCUACUAAAUGUAGAUGAAACUGAUACAGCUAAGAAAAUAGAUAAUAAUAAAUUAUGUGAUAGAAGUGAAUACAUUGAUAGUGAAUCGGAAACUGUUAAUGCUGAUGACAUACAAAAUGGAGAUCAUUUAGAUGAAUUGAAGAGUGAUAGUGAUAAAGAUUUUACAUUUGAUAAUUUAAUAGUACUACCUACAGCAGCUCCUGGUGCAUCAACACCGAUGAUAAAUAACAUACUUUUUGGAGAAAAACUUGAUAUUGACGAGAAUAGUAAAGCGGAAUCAAAUAUCUUAGAUCAAAUAUUGAGUCGAGGUGUCAAGGAAUUUAGUAUACACAGUCAAGAAAGUGAAACUGCAAUUAUAUAUGAUCUAGAAAAAUGUUAUUGUAAAGCUUGUGAUAAGAAAUUUAAAAUUGUCAAAGGACUAAAGGUGCAUUUAUCAAAAUAUCAUGGAAUCAAAUUGCCAUAUGCAAAAUCAAGAGUGUUUGACAAUAAAACUAGAGUAUGUUCAAUAUGUGGUACGAUUUGUAAUGAUUUUAAAGGUUAUACACGACAUAUGAAGAAACAUUCAGGCCCAAAAGAGUGUAGCAUAUGCAAAGUGCAAUUCCUUUCAGAUUAUCGAUUGAACAAACAUUUGAAGUCUCAUGCAGUUAAUAUAAAUGUAGAUGAGAAAAUCAAGAAGGAAGACUUCGAUAAAUAUGUGUGCGUUAUAUGUGGAAACCGCUCAAAAACAGCAGGGAAUUUCUCUAUACAUAUGAAAAGACAUUCUCAAAACUACGUUCAUACUUGUCAAGAUUGUGGUAAAGGAUUUUAUAGGAAAACAGACUUAGCAGCCCAUGUGAGAGUCCAUACUGGAGAAAAGCCUUUUCAGUGCAAAUUCUGUGAUAGCAGCUUCAGAGUGAAAUAUAGUCUCGUGAAACAUAUGAAAGUACAUCUGGACGACAAACCUUAUCAGUGCGACGGAUGUUCCACAAAGUUCGUAUUGAAAAGCGAUCUGAGCCGUCACGUGCGUUAUUCCAAGAUGUGUAUAAUGAAACGGGCGGGUUUGAAGCCACGGAAACGGAACACCAGAGAAUACGAGUGCGCAUAUUGUAACGACAAGUUUACAAAGAAAAUGGAAUUUGUGAAACAUCAGAGCAAGUUCAGACCGUGCGAAACGUUACAUGUCAAACGGUUAGCAGAUGUUAAGGUUACAUUGGAGCCUUCGAACUCGGACGACGAGUUGCAAAAUGAGGUUGAUGUUACU